CUCUGUGUUCCGCACGGCAGAGAAAAGGAGGUGGAAGGAGAGGAGAGAGAAAAAAAUGUCAUUAGAAGAGGCGUAACACGUCAGUCCCUACCCAGGUUUGUUUCCUGGAGUGGGUGUAAGACAUCAGUUGUAAACCUGCCCUAGCAGGAAUAGCGGUCCCUCCCUCCUCCCAACUAUUUCUGAGGCUUUUAUUUCUAAGGCUUUAUUAUUAUCACCGGUGGAAAAGGAUCCGCUCGCCAUCAUCCCUCCUCGGCUGCUCCCAUCUGAGAGCCGCGUCUUUACCGCCUCCAUUUAAUAAAAACAAGCAGAUAUCACGCAGAAAAAUCAAGGGAUCGAGUCCAUGCGAGCUGCCAUCUGAUCCCCCCUACCUCCUCCACCACUUUCCACACACACACACACACACACACCCCUACACGCCCACGCACACACACACACACACACCUAUCAAUGAAGCAGGAGAUCAUGGCGGAUGGCCCCAGGUGUAAGAGGCGAAAACAAGCCAAUCCGAGGCGGAAAAACGCAGCUCUUAACUAUGAGAAUGUGGUGGAGACGGGCUCAGAGACGGAGGAGGAGGACAAGCUGCCCGUGUCCGAGGAAGACCCCCUGAUCAACGGCACGGGCAGCCCAGCAAGCCUCACCAACCCCGAGGUGUCGCCGCGCGCCGACAGCCACGGCCUGCUGACCAAGGACGAAGAGGACGACGAGAUGCGGGACAGCGGCGUGGAGCACAUCUGGCCUGACAACGACAUCCUGAGUGCCUCGGUCGAUGGUACUGAUGAAAUAAAAGAUGAUUUUGAUGCCCUGGGGCCAGAAGCCACCUUACAGGCAGUUGGAAACGGUACAGUCAAAAGCAUGGAUUGCACUUCAGAGCUGGAGGACUUCUUCGCCAAGCGAAAGCUGGACGACGGCGACAGCCACGUGGUGAGCAUCGCCGAGUACCUGCAGCGCGGCGACACCGCCAUCAUUUACCCAGAAGCCCCGGAGGAGCUGAGCCGGCUGGGAACGCCGGAGGCAACGGGACCCGAGGAAAACGACCUGCCACCUGGAACGCCAGAUGCCUUCGCCCAACUGUUGACCUGCCCCUACUGCGACCGGGGCUACAAGCGUUUGACUUCGCUCAAGGAGCACAUCAAGUACCGCCAUGAGAAGAACGAGGAGAACUUCGCCUGCCCCCUGUGCAACUACACGUUCGCCUACCGCACUCAGCUGGAGCGGCAUAUGGCCACACACAAGCCCGCCAGGGAUCAGCACCAACUGCUCAACCAAGCAGCCGGAAACCGCAAGUUUAAAUGCACGGAGUGCGGCAAGGCCUUCAAGUACAAACACCAUCUGAAGGAGCACCUCCGGAUUCACAGCGGUGAGAAACCCUACGAGUGUCCCAACUGCAAGAAGCGCUUCUCCCACUCGGGCUCCUACAGCUCCCACAUCAGCAGCAAGAAGUGCAUCGGUCUGAUCGCCGUCAACGGCCGCAUGCGCACCAACCUGAAGGCGGGCUCCUCCCCCACCUCCGCCUCCGCCUCACCCACCAACACUGCCAUCACCCAGCUGCGCCAGAAGAUCGAGAACGGCAAGUCGCUGGGCCUCGCCGAUCACGGGAGCCACAUGAGCAUCAAAACGGAGCCGCUAGACUUCAACGACUACAAGCUGAUGAUGGCUUCCCACGGGUUCGGCGCUCCUGUUCCGUUUAUGAACGGAGGGAUGGGAGGGAACAGUCCGCUGGGCGUCAACCACCACAACUCGACGGCGCAGAGCCCUCUGCAGCAUCUGAGCAUGGCCAGCCUGGAGUCGCAGUUUGGCGGCUACCCAGGUCAGUUGGCGAACAACCUUAGCGAGGUGCAGAAGGUCCUCCAGAUCGUGGACAACACUGUGUGCAGGCAGAAAAUGGACUGCAAGCCAGAGGAGCUCUCCAAGCUCAAGGCCUACAUGAAGGAGCUGGGAAACCAGAUGGAGGAGCAGAAGCAGGGGUUGACGUCGUCAGGGGGGCCUCAGGUUGGUCUUCCAUUGGUCAAUCACAACGGCGCCACCAAAAGCAUCAUCGACUAUACAUUAGAGAAAGUGAACGAAGCCAAAGCCUGCCUCCAGAGCUUGACGACAGACUCAAAGAGACAGAUUAGCAAUAUCAAACGAGAGAAAUCCAACCACAUGCUCGAAGGAGGUGUGGAGGAGAAGGUGCCGGAAAACAUGUUUACACCGUAUGCUUGUCAGUAUUGCAAAGAAACCUUCCCAGGGCCAAUACCUUUGCACCAACAUGAACGCUACCUGUGCAAAAUGAACGAGGAGAUCAAAGCUGUGCUGCAGCCCAGUGAGAAUCUGAUGGCUAACAAACCAGGGAUAUUCAUGGAGAAGAACUCCCACUCCUCCAUUUUGUCUGAGAAGGGACUCACCGGCCCCCUCCACCCCUACAGGGACCACAUGUCUGUGCUGAAAGCUUACUUUGCCAUGAACAUGGAGCCCAACUCAGAGGAGCUGCUCAAAAUUUCCAUAGCAGUCGGCCUUCCUCAGGAAUUUGUCAAGGAAUGGUUUGAGCAGCGAAAGAUGUACGAGUAUAGCACUACCAGGACCCCACCACUAGAGCACAGGAACAACACGGAAAUGGUUGUCGGAACAAAUAACCACCAAACUCCUCCAAAAGACUCUUUGGCAGCUAGGUCGCCCAUGUCUCUUAUCAAGCCUGCCGACCGCAUCACGUCCCCCUCCAUCGCGGAGCUCCACAACAACGUCAGCAACUGUGACAACUCGCUUAGACAUUUGAAGAACCACCAGUUCGGCAGCAACGGCAAGUCCGCCGGCGAUAAGUUGGACCACUCCCGCAGCAACACUCCGUCGCCUCUGAACCUGUCGUCCACAUCUUCCAAAAACUCCCACAGCAGCUCCUACACUCCAAACAGCCUGACGUCGGAGGACCUGCAAGCCGAGCCGCUCGACCUCUCUCUGCCCAGACUCAUGAAGGAACCCAAGCACGCACUGACCAUCAAGAGCAGGCCGAAGGUCAACAGCAUCACCAUCGACCACAACAGCAUCCCGUCUCCCCGAGAGCACUUUGAAGAGCCACUGAACUUGGCCUAUCUCAAGAAGGACUUCUCAGGCUCAACCAACAAUGGGAACCUUGAAAAAAGCACUAGCCCCAUCUUUGGCAUUAAUCCGUUUGCUGCCAAACCUUUGUAUACGUCACUUCCACCACAGAGCGCUUUCCCCCCGGCCACAUUCAUGCCCCCCAUGCAGGCCAGCAUACCGGGUCUCAGGCCAUACCCGGGCAUGGAUCAAAUGGGCUUCCUACCGCACAUGGCCUACACUUACGCAGCAGGGGCGGCUACCUUUGCCGAGAUGCAGCAGAGGAGAAAGUACCAGCGAAAACCGGGUUUCCAGGGGGACCUGCUUGACGGUACACCAGAUUACUUGUCAGGGCUGGACGACAUGACAGACCCCGACUCCUGUCUGUCGCGGAAGAAGAUUAAGAAGACCGAAAGUGGUAUGUACGCGUGUGACUUGUGCGACAAAACAUUCCAGAAGAGCAGUUCCCUUCUAAGACACAAAUAUGAACACACAGGCAAGCGGCCGCACCAGUGCCAGAUCUGCAAGAAAGCCUUCAAACACAAACACCAUCUCAUCGAGCACUCGCGGCUGCACUCCGGAGAGAAGCCGUACCAGUGCGACAAAUGCGGGAAGCGCUUCUCGCACUCGGGCUCCUACUCGCAGCACAUGAACCAUCGCUACUCCUACUGCAAGCGGGAGGCCGAGGAGCGGGAGGCGGCGGAGAGGGAGGCCCGGGAGAAGGGCCACCUGGAGCCCACCGAGCUGCUGAUGAGCAGGGCGUACUUGCAGGGCAUGACUCCUCAGGGCUACCCAGCGGAGCACGAGGCCAUCCUGAGGCACGACGGCGUGAACGGAGGGAUCAGGGCGGAGGGGCGGAAGGAGGUAGACGGAACGUACGCGAAGAUAGGACGGAGGGACGAGUUCGAGGAGGAGGAAGAGGAGGAGAGCAAGAGCAUGGACACGGACCCGGACACGUUGAGGGACGAGGAGGAGAACGGGGAGCACUCGAUGGACGACAGCUCGCUGGACGGCAAAACGGAAACCAAAUCGGAUCACGAGGACGCCAUGGAGGACGGCAUGUAACGGACGGUUUUCAGGAAGCUUCCCAUCUUACAGUUUUCAGUUUGUCUUUCGGUUCGGCAUUCUCACCUGCUCGGUUUAAAACGCCGCCGCCGCGUUUUAAGCUGCACGUGCCUGAAGCUUCCGGGAAGCUCUCUUUGGGACGACGUCUGCUGAAGCGGGACGCAGGACUCAAAAAUCAAUGGCGGGUUUGUGAAAUAAGCUGCAUUAUGCAAACCGAACAACGAAUAAAUGAAUAAAAAUGUACAGUACUAAGGCCUAAAUCAACGUGUGGUGCUAACCUCCUGUGUUCCAUAGUAUUUAUAGCACAACUAGUGACUUGUACAAAUUGCACUCCGCUUCUAUAAUCAUGAACAAAAAUAAUAAAAAGUAUUGCCUAUGUAUAUAUUUAUACAGUGUUGGAAAAGCAGUAUUACCUGCACUGCAGUCCUUCAGUAUUACCACCUACCUGCGUUUUUCGGUGUCGUCUUUAUUUCUCCAAACAUCUCCAGCCGCACUGUUUUAGGCCUCUUGAAUUGAAUCAAAUGAAGGAAUUUAAACUGUGUUUUGUUUUUUUUAAAGAAGAUUUAAAGAGACUUUUGUUUUAAGGGAAAAUUACACUUUAUGGACGGGAUAAAAAGAAGAAAACGAUGAAGGACGAAGCCUUUGUAAGGUGUUUUUUGAUAAGAAAAAAGAAGCCUUAUAUGCAAACCUUUUAACCUGUGUGUUUUUCUGCAAGUGCCACCCUCGUAUUGUGUAAAAGGACGGUUCGGUUUCUUAUUUUUUGUUUUGUUCUUCUUCACCAGCUUCAGUAUUAUGAUGAGAUGGUUCACCGUUGUUCUCCGAAGCACCUGUGUCAGUAUUAAAGACGUAUAGGCAGCCGUUUUCCUUUAGUUUACAUUAUGUUGUGCAAUGUUUUCUCAGCUCUUUUCUUUUUAAACUCUCUCAGUAUUACAACCAAACCGUUUUUUUCUUUUAUUUUGAUUAUUUAUGUGGCCCAUUUUAUAUUUCCUAAUUUUAUUUAUUUCAUACUGUUGUGUACAGUACUAUAGUUCUUCAAUAUAUAGAUAUAUUUUAGUAAAAAGGAACAUGUUGUCGAUCAUAGGGGCAAAUUUUACGUAAAAAAAGAGCAUUUAUUGUGUUUUGAAACAUUGUGAAGUUUUAAUCUUAUUUUAUUUGUUUUUCUUUUACUUUCCAGUUACUGGAAGAAAAAAUCCAAAAUUUGGGAACUUUUAUACAAUUGUGAAAACACUGUAUUUUCGACUGAAAAAAAAUUCCACUUUCUUCAUCUUUGUUUUCUUUUUUUAAGCUGAAAAAACAAUGAAGAGGGACUGUUAAAUACUAUGUAUGAUAUGAUGACUGAAGAAGAAAUCUUUCCUGAAAUGUCUUUGUAAAAGUAUUAUGAAUUCUUAAUUUGUAAUUUUCUCUUGAAGAUGACCCUGCUCGAAUAAAAAGUAGCCAAAUUACAGAGUA